AUGGGGGGUCCCGAUUUUUUACGGUACAAUUAUAAAAUGGAAACAGCAGUACUUAAUGCUGCAAUUGCCGAGUAUUGUCGUGCUCAGGGUUUACUGAAGACGAGAAAUGCGCUAAUCAAUGAAGCAGCGUGCCCGGAUGAGACUAAGCUGCCUGUCCCGGAUAUCUUAUUGAAGCGGUGGAAUGCUGCAACCACUCUUCAAGUGUCGGUAAGAUGA